CUCAUCUCUCCUCUCACGAUUCCCAAUCGUCUCCCUUCUUCUACCUCCUCUCGCAUCUCUCUCUCUCUCAUGUCCUCUACUCUCUCAUUCUCCGGUAGAACCAUUGGAAAACAGCCAAAAAUCAAACAAACAAAAAUCAAACAAAAUCACUACAACCCAAACAAACAAACUCAGAGCAGAUAUCCAAGACUCUUUCUUCUUCUUCCCACCGCUUCUCUCUCUCUCUCUCUCUCUCUCUCUCUCUCUCUCUCUCUCUCCUCCCUCACGGCUACUUGUGCGACUCCUCCCACCGCCACGUGAUAGCUCUGGACCUCUCUAGGUUCAAUCUCUCAGGCGCGCUUUCGCCGGAUCUCGGGGUCAGUCGCUCCAGUUUAUGCAGAAACGGUAAAAGCAGCGAGGAUCGCCUAGUUGACGCCGCCGACGAUCUCUUUCGGAGGAACAAAUCGGACCCAUUAAUCGUCGUCGUGACAGAUUGUUUGAAGGAGCAAAUCAUGGCGUAAAAAAUCAAGUUUUCAAAGGAAAAUCCAACUGGGUUUUCUGGGUAUCUUGCAAAAACGGAAAAAGAAAAAACGAUCGGAGAAUAUAUAUAGUUUCAAAGAGAUAUGGAAGCUUUUACACAAUCAGCUUGGAUUGGAUUUUCUUUGGAUUCUGGUGGAUCUCGCAAAAUGGGUAUGGCUUUCUAGUAAAUUUGUGAGAAGUAUCAGUUGGGUUUUGGAAUGUGGGGUGCCAAAGUGGAGAGGGAUUGUAGAAUCUGCUUGCUCAGCCACCAUGCCUGGAUUCUGCACCUGUGUGCUGGAUUUUACUUCAGCAUCUUGCGUCGAUAGGAAGAUGAAGAAACGAGAGAGAGAGAGAGAGAGGGAGAGAGAAGAAUAAAAAAAAAAUAAAAGAAAAAAAAUUAAAAUUAAUAUUUUAAUGUUAUAGGGAAAGAUAAAGGGAAGCUGUUGUGGGGUGUUUUUAUAUAGGGAAAAAAAAUGGUUUGGUUCCCUAAAUUUUCCCUAAAAUAGGGAAAAUGGUUGGGAAUCUACUGCUAGUGCUCUAACCCUAGCAAAUUCCUAGAUCUCCACGUACCCCCAUCGAUUUCUUAUAUAUAACGUACGCCAACAAAAGCUUUACUUUAUAUCUGAUCUCUCGGUAGUACUCUCGAUCUCUUCUCAGUACCUAUAUAUACAUAUGGAGCUCUUGUCUUUCCAAUCCUUCCUCUUCUUCUUUCUUCUUUCUUCUCUCUAUUUCUACCUCCGCUUUAACACUACUUCCCCAAAGAAACCUAUCAACAAAGGCUUUAAAAUCUACCCUAUACUCGGGACACUACCCGAGUUCGUGCUGAACCGACACCAUUUCCUUGAUUGGACAACCGAAAUUCUCAGCAUCUGCACCACAAACACAGCCAUCUUUCGGCGUCCCGGUGAGGUCCAAGGCGUCAUCAUCGUCAACCCGUCCAACGUUGAGCGCAUGCUCAAGACCAACUUCGAGAACUACCCCAAAGGCGACCACUUCAUAACGCUUCUCGAAGACUUUCUCGGCCGAGGAAUCUUCAACUCCGACGGGAAACUUUGGAAGGUCCAAAGAAAAAUUGUCAGCCACGAGUUCAACACCAAAUCGCUCCGAAACUUUGUCAUGCAAAACGUCACCGUUGAGGUCAACACGAGACUGGUUCCGAUUUUGGCAAAAGCCUCGGAAACGGCACACGUGUUGGAUUUGCAAGACAUCUUGGAGCGCUUCGCGCUUGACAACGUUUGCAAAUUGGCGUUCAACGUCGACCCGGGUUGUCUUGGCGGUGACUGCACCGCAGGGGCCAAGUUCAUGCGGGCUUUUGAAAAUGCUACCAUGCUUAGCUUCGGGAGAUUCAUGUACGCCAUCCCAAUUUUAGGAAAGGUUAAAAGGUUUCUGAACAUUGGAUCAGAGCGAAGGCUUAAAGAAGCAAUCGGGACCGUCCACGAAUUCGCGGAUGAGAUUAUACAGUCCAGAAGGGAACAAAAGACAGAAAAAGAAAAAGAAGACAUGCAUGUGUGUGUAUAUACCUUUACUUUUUUUAACAAAUUUAAUUUAAAGAUCGUGUAAGG